AUGGACUCCGGCGAAGAGGUGGAUUGGAUAGGCAUAGCUGCUGCUGUCGAACUCGAAGAAGCUGAGGCUGAGGCUGCUGCUGUCAAAGAUGCGGCAGCUGUGGCAGAGGCAGCAGCUUCGGCGGCCAGAGCCAAACGGAAGCGAGAGCGACCACAUGACUCCGACGACCGGCAGGGCAUUCCUCCGGCAUUUAAUUUAGCUGAUGUGGAUCCUGAUCCUGGCACACGUAAGCAAAUUGAAGAGUAUGCAACUCCAGAAAUUAGAGAUGAAAUGAGAAGGGCAUAUUUGUCGAAAGGUGUUGGACAUUUGUAUGGUCAUGAUUUUCCUCGGACUCUUUUUGGGAAAGAUUGGCGGAACUUCAAAGAAGCAUGGUAUAAAGAUUAUGAUUGGCUAGAGUAUAGUAAAGAGACAAAAUCUGCCUAUUGUUUCCAUUGUUUUCUUUUCAAGCCUCCAAGCAUUGGUGACAAGUUUGGCCAUGAUGUCUUCACUAAGAAAGGGUUCAAAAAUUGGAAGAAGGUAGUGGAAAUAUUCAAUGCUCAUGUAGGUGGACCAAACAGCGCUCACAACAAUGCUAGAAGACGGUGUGAAGAUUUCAAAAACCAAAAGCAAAGUGUGUCAUAUGCAAUGACUUCUCAUACUGAGAAAUCACAUAUUGAAUAUGAAGAGCGUUUGAGGGCUGUUGUAGGUGUGGUAAGGUUUCUUGUCUCUCAAGGCCUAGCUUUUCGUGGGCACGAUGAGACUACCACUUCCAUGAACAAGGGUAAUUUCCUUGAGAUGUUGGAUUGGUAUGCAGAAAGAUGCAAAGAUGUAGCCGAUGUGGUCCAUAAAAAUGCUCCUGGCAAUCAUCAAUUGACUUGUCAUAAAAUCCAAAAACAAAUAGUACAAGCAUGUGCCGAAGUGACUACAAAAGUGAUAAUGACUGAGCUUGGUGAUAGUAAUUUCUCUCUACUUGUUGAUGAGUCUCGUGAUGUAUCGGUUAGAGAGCAAAUGGCUGUGAUUGUGAGGUUCGCGAACCAAAAAGGGGAGUCUUUGGAAAGAUUGCUUGGUGUUAAACAUGUUCUUGAUACUACAUCCGCUUCUUUGAAAAGAUCUUUGGACGCAAUGUUUGUUAAACAUAAUUUAUCCAUGUCUAGAUUGAGAGGACAAGGAUAUGAUGGGGCCUCAAAUAUGCGUGGAGAAUUUAAUGGUUUGAAGAAAUUGGUGCUAGAUGUCAAUCCAUAUGCUUUUUAUGUGCAUUGUUUUGCCCACCAACUUCAAUUGGUAGUUGUUGCUGUUGUCAAGGGAGUCCUAGCUGUUAGUGAUUUCUUUGGACAUACAAAUAAGAUUGUCAACAUGGUAAGUGCCUCGUGUAAAAGAAAAGAUGCAUUGUUGCAGAAGCAUCAUGACAACCUGGUUUUACAGUUAGAGCAUGGGGAGAUUUUGUCAGGAAAAGGCGAGCAUCAAGAGACAAGUUUAGCAAGACCCGGUGAUACACGAUGGGGGUCACACCACAAGACUCUAAUCCGGAUAUAUCAAAUGUGGGAUUCCGUGGUUGAAGUGCUACAUGGUAUUUCUCUUGAUGGAGCAGAUGCUGAUGAUAGAGGUUUGGCUUCUGGCUUUAUGAUAAACAUGGAAACAUUUGAAUUUGUUCUUAUCUUGCAUUUGAUGCUUCGAGUGCUUGGUUUAACCAAUGAUUUGUCACAAGCAUUGCAACAAAAAGAUCAGAAUAUAGUCUGUGCUAUGAAUAUGAUUGUGUCAGUGAAAAGUCUAUUACAAAAGUUGAGAGAUGAUGGAUGGGAGCCUCUCUUAAUAUCUACUACUAACUUUUGUGCUGCAAGAAAUAUAAUAGUGCCCAAUAUGGAUGAUAACAUUUCAGCAAGGGGUUACCCAAGAAGAUCACGCAAAAUGGUUACUUGUCUCCAUCAUUACAAGGUAACUAUAUUCAAUGAGGUGUUGGAUAGAAACAUAGUUGAGAUGAAUAAUCGAUUUAGUGAAACUUCUACACGCUUGUUGAAGUGCAUUGCUUGCCUUGAUCCUAGAGACUCAUUUAGCAACUUUGAUCAUGAUAAGCUAGUUGAGCUUGCAAAUAUUUACUCAAUUGAUUUCUCUUCACAAGAGCUCUAUCUGUUGACUGAUCAACUCAACAUAUAUAUUGAUGUGAUGAAAAGAAGUACUGAAUUCUUGGCUUGCGAUAGUUUGAGUUCUCUUGCUCUCAAGUUGGUUCAGAGUAGACAACAUCUGGUAUUCCCAUUGGUUUAUCGGCUCAUCAGACUUGCAUUGACAUUACCGGUGGCAACUGCAUCAGUUGAGAGGGUUUUCUCAGCCAUGAAUAUUAUAAAGACUGAUCUUCGAAACAAGAUGGGUGAUGAUUGGCUUAAUGAUUUGAUGGUUUGCUUUGUUGAGCGCGAGAUAUUUGCUAAAAUUAGUGAUAAAGAGAUUAUGGUUCAUUUUCAUGCCUUGAAGAACCGUCGAGGUCAUCUACCUCCACAACCUCGUGUUCAGUCUCAUUUGGAAAUUGGAAUUAUGGGAUCAUAUUGUGGCAUAACUGAGCAUUUCAAGCGGCAAGAGUCCAUGUGA